GGUAGAGCUUUACCAUCAACCCACACGGUGACGGCUGCGAUACAUGAAAGUCUGAAAUAGCGACGGAAGUUUCCCCAAGACAGAUCGACACCCGCUGCCCAUUGGGUCUGCCGCUUAAAGAAAAUUAUGCGAAACAGGACAAACUAAAAUCAAUCGCUCGCAGCGGGUCCUGCUCCCAUGGACGCAGGCUCAGGCCUGAAUACAGCAGAUUGUUGCAAGCUGCAGCUUUCCGCUGAUGAACGCUGUUUCUACGAGGAGCUUUUCCUAAACUUCGAUAACGGUGGUGACGGAAGGAUUCAGGGCUCCCAGGCUAGCGCCCUGCUCAGAGCCGCGAAUUUACCGACCGACACCCUCCAGCAGAUCACAGAACUCUCCGGAGCGAAACGAGUCGGACAUUUCGGACGCACUCAAUUCUACCGCGCCCUCAAACUCAUCGCCGGAGCCCAGAACGGGAUGAAGCCUUCCAACGAAGUUCUGGCAGCUCCACUUCCUCUGCCGAAACUGAGCAACCUCUCCCAUCACACAUCGAUCAUAAUCAACAAUAACAACAUCGUUAGUUGUUACAACUCAGCCGCUCAGGCCCAAGACAGCAGCCCCGACGAGUCGCAGCAGACCACGAGCCCGAAGGACAGGACGUGGACCACUUUUCAGCGGACCGAAAACGAUUGGUCCUCAUCAAGAAUGUUGCAGCUGCAAGCAGAGGAACAAUGUCAUCUUCUCGGAGGCGCGGCCGACGAGGACGAUGACGAGGAUACCGCGGGCAUAUGGAGCAUAACGAAAGAGCAGCGGGCCUACUACGCAGAACAGUUUCAAAAAAUGCAGACUGAUCUAACGCGUGGAAAAAUUCAAGGACAACAGGCCAAAGAGUUUUUCGAGAAGAGUCGAUUGCCCGUAGAGGAACUAUCUCGCAUUUGGCAGCUUAGUGAUAUCGACCGAGAUGGUCAACUGGCACUCGAUGAAUUCUGUACGGCAAUGCAUCUCGUCGUUCUGAGGAAAAACGGCAUCGAGCUCCCAAGUCAGUUGCCGGCGACGCUACUUCCCGAUAUACCGCCGCUGAUUCAGACUAGUCCACUCCCAACGAAUUCGCAUAUCAACCAAUCGACCGGCACGAAAGGUCAAGCAGUCAAAGUCUCGACGCCGAUGUCGAAGCAAUGGAUGAAAUUCAGCCCCUCACCCAUCACGGGCUCGCAGAGCCAUUCCGAAUCAUCGCGAAAACCUAAUCCACAUAUCCAACGGACGCCGAGUUCCGAGGUCGGAACGGGACCGGUCAGUUUCGACUUUUCAACGACUCUCGUAAAUCAAGAUCCUCGGAUUCUCCACCCUGUAGCCCGUAGGAUUUCUCCGGACCCUCCUUCAACCUUCAACAACAACUGUGAUCCACCUACCCGGUCAGUGGCCGAUCCUUCAGGGGGAUCGGGCUACGUUAUCAUGAACAAUAGUGGCGACAACGACACAUUGGACGGUACUCAGAUGAUCAACUCGAAUGGACCCUUCUCUACUCCGAGUCUCGAUGCGAUAUCGAACGGCACUCGAACGCCGCUCGCCGCAAAGAAGGACGCUCCCCCGCCUCCUCCGCCGCGGCCAGCACACCGAGGGCAUCAUGCGAGAUCGUCGUCACUCGACCUGAACCUUCGUACCAAUCCCCAAAAGAGCCUAUUCCCUCCUGUUGUGCCUCCGAGAUCUUCUCCAGCUAACGGCUCAAACGUUCCGAGGAGUCUGUCUCGGGAGGAAGGUCUGAAGGCCCUUGGGAACAACCCUCCACGAAUCGGUGCAACUGGCGGGGGGGCAUUUCAAGUGUACAGCGGGGCUGUGAAGAAACCCGACGACAAGCGAGUUUCGGCUGACGAAGAAUCCUCUUGCUCGUCAUCUCAUUCUUCAUCAUCGUCCUCGUGUAACUCGUCGUAUGAAGACCUCAGCUUGGAUCCCACUACUGACGACGCCGCCAUGCUUCUCGUGGACGAUGAUCACACGGAGUUCGGGUUCAUGGAGAGUUCCCACAGAGCCGCUCGGAAACUCGAACUCCCAGAUGCGAUGAUGGCUCAGUUCAUGACAGAAAUCCCCACGGACCGCGAGCAGCUCAUCCGCGAAAUAGGAGCGCAUCGGGAGCGGAAUUCAAUGCUUCGGGAAUGGAAUAAGAAUCUUCACGACGAGCUUCAGCUACUAGUUCAAGAGAGACUAUCAUUACAGAAUCAGAAACAACCUACUUCAACGAUAUGAUCGAGCGCAUGACUUCGUGUUGCAGAUAAGCAUGAUAUGACGACCGGUGAUCAUAGGACCUGGAGUCUCCUCCAAAGCGGUUCCCGUAUUCUUACCUCUCCUUUUACCGAUUCGUAUUUUCCGAUGGAAUCGAGCUACGGUGACGCAGCCUCCCCGCGUAUUUUUUGAAAAUGCUGCGCUUUUCCUUUGUAGCGUCUCCUACGGAUGCCAAGAUUGCUUUAUUUCCUCGUCGG